AUGGUUUUGAUUUUGAAAUGUAUAUCCUUUUGUACUAGAAAUGUUAAUAUCGUUUUGAAAUUAUCACGUGCCACAAUGAAAAGCGUGAAAAAUUCAGUUAAAGCAACAAGAAGUAACAGUAAAAUUGAAGAACCGGAAGUAAGUGAAACUGAUUUUUCUAAAUACCAAUUUGUUCGCAAAAAAGUUCUUAAAUCAGUGAGCGACGAUACAAGCAAAGAAAUCCAAGAUAAGGUUUCAAAAUCUCCACCUCAAAACCUAUCGUCAGUUAAAAGGGAUCAUAUUAAAAUUGAAUAUGAAAAUUCUCUGCCCCAGAGUUAUGGAGAUACUAAAAAUGUAAAAAAUUCGAAAACGGAGCCAGCUAAUUGGAAUGAGGUUUUACAAAAUUUAAGAGAAAUGCGUAAAAAAUUCGAUGCCCCGGUCGAUACUAUGGGAUGUCACCAAUGCCAUGACAAAAAAGCAAAUCCCAAAGUUAUGAGGUACCAGAAUCUUCUUGCUUUAAUGUUAAGUAGCCAAACUAGGGACCAGGUUGUACAUGCUGCCAUGUUAAGGUUAAGAGAACAUGGCUGCACUGUUGACAACAUUUUGGUCACCCCAGAUAAAAUUUUGGGAGAACUGAUUUAUCCAGUUGGGUUCUGGAAAAGUAAAGUAAAAUAUAUUAAGAAAACAUCAGAAAUUCUAAAAACUCAAUAUGAUUGUGAUAUUCCCCAAAGUGUAGAAGCUUUGUGCAAACUGCCCGGUGUAGGUCCCAAAAUGGCGCACAUCUGUAUGAAAACGGCAUGGGGGAAAGUAACUGGAAUUGGGGUUGAUACACAUGUCCACAGGAUUUCUAACCGUCUAGGAUGGGUAAAUACAAAAACCCCAGAGCAAACUAGAAAAUCGCUAGAAGCCUGGUUACCAUGUGAAUUAUGGAGUGAAGUUAAUCAUUUGCUUGUUGGCUUUGGUCAGCAAAUUUGCCAACCAGUGAAACCACAAUGUGCCACUUGUUUGAAUAAUCAUAUUUGUCCCUUUGGUUCAAAAUAUAUAGGGAAAGAACAUGACGGUGUUAAAAAUAAUGUUCAAGCCAAAUAA